UCUCUCAACAUAGACAUCAGUUGACGGACUUUUUAAUUCACAGCAUGAAAACAGCCGCGGACCAAGUUGUGGAAGAUGAGGCGGGGUACCAGGAUGAUGAGGAAUCCUUCUUCCAGGACAUCGAUCUCCUACAGAAAUAUGGCAUUAACAUGGCCGACAUAAAGAAACUGAAGUCUGUAGGAAUUUGUACAGUACAAGGCAUCCAAAUGACCACUCGCCGUGCACUCUGCAAUGUUAAGGGAUUAUCUGAAGCAAAAGUAGAAAAAAUAAAGGAAGCUGCUGGGAAGUUACUGAUCAGUGGAUUUCAGACAGCUUUUGAAUACAGUUUGAAGAGAAAACAUGUGUUCCACAUCACAACAGGCAGUCUGGAGUUUGAUAAACUUCUCGGAGGGGGAAUAGAGAGCAUGGCAAUCACAGAGGCUUUUGGAGAGUUCAGAACCGGAAAAACUCAGCUCUCUCAUACACUUUGUGUAACAACUCAGCUUCCUGGUGAGGAUGGGUACACUGGAGGCAAGGUCAUUUUCAUCGAUACUGAAAAUACUUUUCGGCCAGACAGGCUGAAGGACAUUGCAGACAGGUUUAACGUGGAUCAUGAAGCUGUCCUUGAUAAUGUGCUAUAUGCCCGUGCCUACACUAGUGAACAUCAGAUGGAGCUGUUAGACUUUGUUGCAGCCAAGUUUCAUGAAGAGGGAGGUGUCUUUAAGCUCUUGAUCAUAGACUCCAUCAUGGCUCUGUUCCGGGUGGAUUUCUCUGGUAGAGGUGAGUUGGCAGAGAGGCAGCAGAAGCUGGCACAGAUGCUCUCCCGUCUGCAGAAGAUCUCUGAAGAGUACAAUGUUGCUGUGUUUGUCACUAAUCAGAUGACGGCAGACCCAGGAGCUGGAAUGACAUUUCAGGCAGAUCCCAAGAAGCCUAUUGGAGGUCACAUACUGGCACACGCCUCCACCACACGCAUCAGUUUGAGGAAAGGACGUGGGGAAAUGAGAAUUGCCAAAAUAUUUGAUAGCCCUGACAUGCCAGAAAAUGAAGCUACUUUUGCUAUUACUGCUGGAGGGGUAUCGGACGCGAAGGAGUAAAGCAGUCAACUCUCAAAUAAAU